UUGGGUUUGAACUGCAAGGUUUACACUGAAACAAACAACGAUGAAGCAGGAGGGAAGGAAGUUUGAUGAUGUGCUUGUUGAACUUGGAGAAUUUGGUCGGUAUCAGAUAUGGAUCUACAACUUAUUGUGUCUCUUUGAAUUCAUUGCACCGUGGCAGAUCCUGGUUUAUGUGUUUCUCUCUGGAGAGGUGGAUCACUGGUGUGAGAUACCAGACUGGGAUCCUGUCGAUUGUGAAAGCUAUGGAUUCAACACAUCAAGAGAAUGUGCUCUUGCAAAGAGAGAGGUUGGCAUCCCAUGGAACUACACUGAUGAUACUAAAACAGAGGUUUAUUCAUCUUGUAGACGAUACAAUACCAGUGGAGUUGAUUUUAGCCCAGAUCUCAGUCUUUAUGGAACCAAUGAAUUCUCCUGCGAUGUUGGUUGGUAUUAUGACACCCAAGGAGCUGAAAGGACCGUGGAACAGGACUUUAAUUUAGUUUGCGGAUCUGGUUAUCAGUCUUCACUCACUCAGUCCAUGUUCUCUGCUGGUAAUGCGGCCGGAUCUUUGACCUGUGGAUUUUUUUCUGACAGAUUUGGUCGUCACCGAACCCUAUUCAUCUGCAUGUGGGUUAUCGUAUUUUCAGGAACAGCUCUCGCUUACUCAGUCAACAUUUGGAUGUUCAUGGUCCUUAGAAUGAUAACAGGAGCAUUUACGAUUGGAAUGCUGCAAUCAGCCUUUAUACUUGCAAAUGAAAUGAUAGGUCCUUCCAAGCGAGCCAUUGCUGGUAACGUGAUAUGGGUUCACUUUGCAGUAGGCUACAUGACAUUGUCCCUCAUUGCAUUUUACAUCAGGAAUUGGCGUCAUCUACAGCUCAUUGUUUCUUUAGUACCUGCGGUUCUUUUAAUCAUUUAUGUGAUCGCUCCUGAAUCUCCACGAUGGUUGUUGUCAAAGGGUCGUGUUGAGGAAGCAACUAAGGUCAUGAGAAAAUUAGGAAAGGUUAAUGGAGUCAAAGUCAAAGAGACAUUCAAUUUGGAUGAUGUUGAAGUUAACAAAAAAGUGGAGGGAAGUGGAAACCAGGGCGUGAUUGAACUGCUCCGCAGACCUCGUUUACGGUUCUACACUAUAAACCUCAUGUUUCAACUGUGUGUUAACACGGUAGUGUACUACGGAAUAUCGUUGAGCACUGAUCAACUUGGAGUCAACAAAUACAUAGCUUUCGCUAUCGCGGGUGCUGUUGAGAUCCCUGCUUGCUUUUGCCUUGUCUAUCCCCUUGAAAAGUGGGGUAGAAGACCAGUUUAUAUGUUCUUCAUGAUCCUGUGUGGAGUCGCUAUAUUGACAACAAUUUUCAUUCCGUAUGGCAUUGGACGGGCAGCGGUGGCGAUGAUUGGCAAGUUCGCCAUUACGUCUUCCUUCUGCGUAGUCUACCUUCACGCGUGUGAGAUUAUUCCUACUCCGGUCAGGAAUUCUGCCUUUGGUAUGUGCAGCCUCUGUUCAAACAUGUCCAACAUCUUCGCACCUCCAAUCCUACUCCUAUCCGCCGUGUGGACUCCAUUUCCACUGGUGAUAUUUGGCUCCUUCUCUAUCGCUGGGGCAGCACUUGCCUACUUCCUUCCAGAAACCAGAGGCAAAAAAAUACCAGAGACGAUGGAAGAGGGGGAAAACAUAGGAUGGAAAGCUGCGCCAAGGAGGAAAAGUCAGGGCGUGAAUGAUUCCAAAUACUCCGACUACACCUACCACAAAUCAGAAGAGAAGGGAGAUCCGGCGUAAGAUAAUAUAAUGACCAGGGACCAAGCCACCAUUUGCCCAAUCGAGUUAUCAUGCUUCCCAGUUCUGUAGAUACCCAACACCAUCCAACCCAGCCGGACUGGUCCAUGGACUAGUCUAAAUGAUACUUUCAGCUUUGUAUGUAUUAUUUUGGUGAAGCAAAAUGAGUGUACUAACAGACCGCAGGAAUGUUUACCAUACAACGAUUGCAUUGCAUUCUACGUCAUGAAUUGGCAUCAUCUACAGCUCAUUGUUUCUUAAGUACCUGCAGUUCUUUUAAUCAUUUAUGUGUAAGAAACCCCUCCUUCUAUACUAGUUUUUCUUAAUUUCAAAUGAGUGGACCAAUGAUAUUCACCUUUUCUUUUUUUAUAAAUGAAUUCUGAAAUAUUUCAAUUUCCUCCUAUGUAACACAUGGUUUCACUCUUCGGUGAAUAUGAAAUCUCCAUUUAUUGUUAAAAUUCAUAAUAAUUCCACCAAGAGCUUAUGUAAUUAUUAACAAAUAUUUUGUAUUACAUACAAUUCAAUACAAAAUAAAUAGUGUGUGAUUGGUUUCAUUUGCAUUUUGUAUAACAUUUGUUCAUAAUUGUAAAUGUUUUGUAAAGAAAAUGUGCUAAACGAUUACAAUGUAAUAAUUUAUUAAUGUAAUUAUGUAUCCCAAUUUCAGUGUUUGCAAAUCAGUUUUCUUUCAUUGUAACACAUCUGUAUUAUACAUGUGUUCAUAUAAGCUUAUACUGACAAUUGAUAUAUAAACAAAUAUUCUUAUUUUAAAAAUCAUUUUUCAGACUAAAUUUCAAUUCAUUGUGGGAUCGAAAAUCAGAAAAUGGAGAUUAAAUGGUGUAGGAAGGAGGUACAUCACCCACCCCCUCGAUCCAUGAGCAAUUUGUAAAACAUGAACG